CCUUGAAAAUAAAUAAACAAGAAUUGCUGGCUGUUGUGUCUGCAUUGGAAUGGAUUGCCAUGGCAGGUGGGAAGAAUCGCGUAGAAUAUUCUGUGCUAGCUGAAGAACUGGAACAAUUAGGAACUCCAAGAGAGCAUGCUGGGGCCAUAUCAAGGGUGUACAGGGAUAACAGGGAUGAGUUGGAACAGUAUCUUCAGAAAAUCAGUCUUCGGUUCUCUAGACUCAAUACUUGUCAGGUUAAACUCUUAAACGGAGGAGACAAGGAUAAAGGUUUUAUUCUAGAUUUAGAAGUGCAAGACCAAAACAGAUCAGAAAACAGAAAGAUAGCAUUAAGCGAAUUGAUGCUUCGGAUGCUAAAAAACGAGUUGAAGACAGCUAGAGAAAGCAUCGAAAUGUAUCAACUUUAGAUAAGAAAGCAUCGAAAUCUUUCGAUUUGGUUUCAGGUGUCAUAUAAACGCUUUUACUUAAGAAAGCAUUGAAAUAAUUUAACUUUCGGAGUUAUUAUCGAAAUGAAGAAACUUUACAAAAAGAAAGCAUUUAAUGUAUUAACUUUUAAAAAAGAAAGCAUUGAAAUGUAUAACUUUACAAAAAGAAAGCCAUGAAAUGUACUUACUUUAAAAAAAGAAAGCAUUGAAAUUUAUCAACUUUACAAAAAAAAGCACUGAAAUGUGUCAACGUUUGGUAAAGAAAAUUGUCUUUAAACUGAGCCCUUUCGAAAAAAAAUUACGUCAUGAUUGAAGUUUGACAUCACUGAUACACAUCAAUUGACAUCACUGAUACACAUCAAUUGACAUCACUGAUACACAUCAAUUGACAUCACUGAUACACAUCAAUUGACGUAAAGUUUACACAUUGAAGUUAAGUGAACAGUGUUUACUGUUUAUGUUUGUAUAACUUGUUUGUGAUUAUACUGUGAUUAAACUAAUUAUAUUUUAAAAUGUCAGGUUUAGAAUUAUUAAUUUUAAUGUUUUUGGACUAAUAAUUUUAAAUUCCAGCCUUAAAUAAAUGGUGUUUUGCCCCUAUUUACUAAAUUAUUUUAAUGAUCUCCUUCCACUGCCGUAAACAGAUUUGAGGCAUUUAAUUUAGAGAUUUCUGGUGUUUUUCUAUGAUUGAAUUUAGAAAACUCAUUCUGUGAUUUAUUUCAGA